GCCACUACGCGUACGAAGCAGUUGGCGGUGUUGGUCAAGUAAAUACGAAAUUUUCUUUUCACGUGCGAAACAAUCCUUACCCCAGUUGUUCAACUUUAUAUUGCAUCAAAAGGCAGUGGUAAGGACAAUCGCGGUUGCAGUUUGUGUGACGACGCUCACCGGAUACUUUGGAAUUCGCGACGAUGGAGAUGCUUGCAAGCGAUGAGGAAUCGGAUGAGGGACAGGAAAAGCUUAACAAUCCAUCUUCCGAUUCGGGCGAUUCCGGGUUGGCCGAGGAGGCCAAGAAAUCGAGCUCUUCAACAGACACCAAGCCCAGAACGAAUGUCGACACUGGAGCAAAGCAUCUUAAGGAUGAGAUACUGCAUAGCAUUCCAAAAAAGGGAUCUCGAGUGGGCUCUGCGUAUCAGGCCGACAUUCCCGAGUUUGUGCCGCCUAACAGGCGCCGGCCAGAAGAGCGACAGAACGAGCCAAAUGUGUUGGUGUGGUUUCCGCAGGAAAACAUACCGGACGCCGCAUUGCAAGAGUUUUUAACCGUUGCCAAAGGAAGACAUAGCUUCAACGAUGAGCAGGCGAUGGCGCUGCUGAACCGGGAAGGCUACAAUCUGGAACGGGCAUACAACGCUUUAUCCAGCUACAUAGUCCAUCAUGAAACGUGGGCCGAAGAGCAGCGCAUACUGUUUGCGGAAGCGCAUUACAUGCAUGAAAAAAAACUUUCAUCGCUACCACCGCAUUAUCCCGAAAAAAUCGCUCCACAGCAUCGUUCAGUAUUACUACAAGUGGAAGCGCGAUCCGUCCGCGCCGAGAUUGAAGUCUAAAAACUUAAAAAAGAAAAGGAGCGCCGUUUCGGCACGAGGUAGAGGCACCGCUGUGCUGGUAAGUGCUGCAUGCAGUCUCUACAGUUAGUCUAUUCGAUUCCGCACGAGUUCGUGGCUGCAUUAGAUGAUUUUUUAUUACACCGCACACCUUUCUGCCUUCUCACCGUUCCAUGUAGCCAUCAACGAGCCGUGCGGUUAUGCACGGCGAUGGUGCCGGGACAAGCGGUGGAAACAUUCCGAACGGUGAAACAGGUGCCAUUCCCAACACCAAUGAUCCCGUCCACGGCGAGAGCGAUGAAGGCGACGGGGUGCCAUCACGCGGCGAAGAUCACCAUCUCCGCUGAAGGAUCUACCAUCAAUCGCUUACACUUUCAUUUUCUUUACAUUUUCAUCGUAUACCUAGUUUAUUUGCUGCAGCAUCAUACAGCUAUGUAUUUGUAGGCCAGCAACUGCCUAUCGCUUGGGGGGGAAAAUUACAUUUAGCAGAGAAAUUAUAACAAAGGAUGUCCCAUCCAACGAUAGGGCCAUUUGAACAAAACCAGACUGGUUAGAUGUAUGCGCAGCUUUUUACUCUUGCCUAGCGAUGGCUUUAGAUCAUUAAUUGCAGUAGUCGUUUGUAGCCCAUAUCAAAGAAGGAAGCGAAGCAUAGCUCGAUAGCUCGGUGUUAACAACGAAAAGGAUGAGCGGCUGUUACGGGUGAGAUUUAAAAAGGAAAAACAGAAAUUAGGAGGUGUUGCACGUGUGUGCCUUAUUAUUAUAGAUUCGACAUUUCUGUGCCCGACGGCGGGCCAGGUUAAACGGCAAACGAAAUUAAAUGA